CAUUAUUGGAUUUUUAUCACUCUUGAUUAGGGUUCCAGCUUCACCGGAUUAAUUUUCAUCUUUAUUGUCGACGAGCCAUGACUACAGAGCUUCUGGAGAUUGAACCUCAUGAGCUUAAAUUUUUCUUUGAAUUGAAGAAACAGAGUUCAUGCUUGGUUCAACUUGCAAACAAGUCGGAUCAGUAUGUUGCAUUUAAGGUGAAAACAACGUCACCCAAGAAGUAUUGCGUGAGACCAAACAUAGGCAUUGUUAAGCCCAACUCAAGAAGCGAUUUUACUGUUACCAUGCAAGCUCAGCGCUUAAUGCCACCUGGUAUGGAGUGCAAAGACAAGUUUUUGAUUCAAAGCACGGUUGUCCCCUCCGGAACAACAGAAGAUGAUAUUACAUCUGACAUGUUUGCAAAAGUUGAUGGGAAGCUUACUGAGGAGAAGAAACUAAGAGUUGUCCUAACCAGCCCACCUUCCUCCCCAGUAUUGCUUCCAGUGAAUGGAGACACGAAGCAGGAUCCAUCCAAUGAAAUUCAUUUGCAAAGAGAUAGGGUGUUGCCUAGUGGAGUUGAAAACAUCCCUCCUCCUACGGAUGCUGAGGAUGUCAAGGGUUUUGAAACAGCCCAGGAUAUGGGGCAGGACAGAGCAAUCAAGAAUAACGUCUCAGGACAAGCUGAGAAUGUAGAUGAUAUAGAAGCGAAAGAUGCUCUGCAGCUGAAUUUAGCCAAGGAUUCUGAGGAAUUGAAGUCAAGACUAAAUUUAAUGGAUUCAAAGCUAAGAGAGGCUGAACUUGUCAUCAAGAAGCUCGAUGAAGAGAGAAGAGUGAGUACCCAAGAAAAAGAUAUGCUUAAACAUGAAUUGGAGGUGUUGAAGAGGAGAAUCAAUGCCAAAAAUGUUCAGUUGGGCUUUCCGUUACUGUAUGUUUGCAUGGUCGCUCUUAUCAGUGUGGCAGUCGGAUACUAUAUUCAUCCAUAAGAGAGAGAGCUCUCUGCGUGCUUACAAAAAUUCUAAAAAGUCAUUGUUGUCUUUUACUGUUAUAGAGAGGAUGAUUCAUUGUGUAUUAUGGCGGUACUAGUGGGGGAAAUGUUAAUAUGUGGGAUUGGAACCUUUUGUGAAAGACAUGUAAAGUGAACAGUGUGUGUGUGUGUGUGUGUGUGUGUAAAUGAACUUCGCCGUUCAAUGGGAAGCAUAAUAAGCAGCCAUCUGGUAUUUUUAUCUAAA